AUGUUCUUCAUCUUCAUUGCUUUGUGUUUUACAUCAUUCGCCACUGAUGUCCAGGCAUCUGGCAAAAGAGAAAAUGUCACAGAACCAACAUAUGUGACUAUCAAUUGCACUGGCACUCUUAUGAACGUCACACAGGAAACUCGAGCAAAUUAUACUAACUGCACUGACUAUGUCCCUCAAAAUUCUAAUACCACUUAUGUGUUGAUAGUCUGUAAUGCAACAUUAGUCAAUGUGACAACAACAGACAGAAACAUUUAUUCCAACUGCACUGAUUUUAUUCCAAAUGGAAAUGUCCAGAACGUCACUAUUGUGUGCAAUGGUAACUAUUAUAAUGUGUCAGCUGAAGACAGACUUAACUUGACUAAUUGUCAGGACUUUAAACCAAGUGAACCAGUUACUAUAAUAGUUAUGAAAUGUAAUAACACUCUCAUUAGAAUUAAAUCAGAUCAGAAGGAUAAAUACUCAAAUUGUGAAGAUUUCAUUCCAUCGGGACAAAAUCAAACUGUUACCCUAAUAUGUAAUGGAGAGUACUUUAAUGUUACCAAAGAAGAUGCUGUUGCUCUUAUAGACUGUAAAGAAUAUACCCCAGAACCAAAUCCAGUAUUUAUCAAAAUAAUUUGUAAUAAUACUGUUAUUGAAAUUAAAGAGUCUGAGAGAAACAACUACCCAUAUUGCAAAGAUUAUAUACCACAAAAUGUGACUAUUAUUUGCAAUGGAACUGUAAUGAAUGUCACACAGGAGGACAGACCUAAAUAUCCAAAUUGCACUGAUUACAAGCCAUCACAGAACAUUACUUAUACUUUGAUAGUCUGUAAUGCAACAUUAGUCAAUGUGACUACACAAGACAGAAAUAUUUAUUCCAAUUGCACUGAUUUUAUUCCAAAUGGAAAUGUCCAGAACGUCACUAUUGUGUGUAAUGGUCAAUUCUAUAAUGUGUCAGCUGAAGACAGACUUAACUUGACGAAUUGCCAGGAUUACAAACCACAAGAAUUCAUUCCAAUUGUAUGUAAUGGUACAAUCAUGAAUGUUACUGUACAAGACAGACCAAACUAUCCAAAUUGCACUGAUUACAAGCCAUCACAGAACAUUACUUAUACUUUGAUAGUCUGUAAUGCAACAUUAGUCAAUGUGACUACACAAGACAGAAAUAGAUUCCCACAAUGCACCGAUUUUGUCCCAAGUGGUUCCGUUCAGAAUGUCACUAUUGUGUGUGCUGGAAAAGUGUAUAACGUUUCAGUGGAAGAUCGCAUUAAAUUGUCGAAUUGUGAAGACUACCACCCACCAAAGCCAUACUUCACUAUUUUGGACUGUAACAAAUACCUUCUCAAAGUUCCAACAAAAGACGUGAAUAAAUAUCCAUACUGCACUCCUUAUAUUCCAUCAGGAAGUACUAACACGACAGUGACUAUUGUAUGCAAAGGGUAUGUCUUUAAUGUGACAAAGGAUGAGAGGUCUAAGUAUACAGACUGCACCAAUUAUAAUCCAACCCCAGUGUAUCCAGAAGAUCAUACGAACUCGACAUAUGUCAUUAUCAACUGCAAUGGAACAUUGAAAAAUGUCACUUUUGAAGAUAGAAAGAACUACAUGAACUGCAGUGACUACAUUCGACCAAUUCCAGAGAACAAUGUCUACCACAACUUGACGUGCAAUGGGACUAAUGUCAUUGUUGAAGAAAGAGAAAUGAAUAAUCACACUGGAUGUGUCGAUAAUGGCGUUUUGGGCUUCUCCAAUUCCGAUCAAGUCAUUAACAACAGAACACUCGAUGGUGUUGAAGUGAAGGGAAUGAAAGUCGACAAUUGUAAAAUGAACAACUUAACUAUAAAUAAGAGUGUAAUCGAGUCUGGGAAGGUCGAGAAGACUGAAUUCAAAUACUCGGAGUUUGUGGACACCACAUUCUCCAAUUCAAAAUUCGAAGAAACAUCAUUCAAAUCAACACAACUCAACGAUUUCAAGUUUGUUGGUGGGUCUAUAAAGAAAGUUGAAUUCAAAGACUCAAUGGUCAAGUCAUCAACGUUCUCUGAAUCUUAUUUGAAGGACGUUUCAUUCGAAGGAGCAUAUAAGUCGAGAAAGGAAGGACAUAAAAAGAGCAUCAAGAAAGAAGCCAGAGAAAGUGUCUUGUCAUCAGUCACAUUCUUCAAGUGUGAUAUGACUGAGUUUGGUAUUGAAAAGAUGCGACUCCAAGAUGUGGCAAUGUCGUCGCAAGAAGAGUUGAAAUCAGAAAUGUGA